GAGUUUGCGCUGCCCCCACCGCGGUCACCUCGUACAGUAGUGUUGACCAAAGCGGGACGGGCGCGGCCGGACAGACAGCCAGCUUCCCGGUGGUCGGCAGACAGUGUCGAGGCCGAGGCUGUGCUGUGCACUGGUGUACAUCGGCAACGACUGACAAAAUGAGACUGACGGCCCUCGUGCUGGCGGCCCUGCUGGGGCUCGCCGCUGCCCACCACGAGCAGCAGAAUCACCACCCGCUCUCCGAUGAGGCCAUCAACCACAUCAACUCGCUGAAGUCUACCUGGACGGCCGGGCGCAACUUUGCCCGCGACGUGUCCAUGAACUACAUCCGCGGGCUGAUGGGCGUGCACCCCGACGCCAAGCGCUACCGCCUGCCCGAGCUCGAGCAGCCCGAGGGCCUGGUCGGCGACGCCGCCGUGGAGGUCCCCGAGAACUUCGACUCCCGCACACAGUGGCCCAACUGCCCCACCAUCGGCGAGAUCCGCGACCAGGGCUCCUGUGGCUCCUGUUGGGCUUUCGGUGCCGUCGAAGCGAUGUCUGACCGCACAUGCAUCGCCUCCAAGGGCCAGCUCAACAUCCACUACUCCGCCGAGGACCUGGUCUCCUGCUGCCACAUCUGCGGCUUCGGUUGCAACGGCGGCUUCCCCGGCAUGGCCUGGAAGUACUGGAAGCACUUCGGCCUUGUCUCUGGGGGCAACUACAACGCCUCCCAGGGCUGCAUCGACUACAAGAUCGCCCCCUGCGAACACCACGUGUCUGGAGACAGGCCCGCCUGCAAGGAGGGUGGCAGCACCCCCAAGUGCGAGCAGAAAUGCCGCGAGGGCUACAGCGUGCCCUACAAGAAGGACCGCCACUACGGCAGAAAGUCCUACUCCAUCAAGUCCGACCCUCAGGCCAUCCAGACCGAGAUCAUGACCAACGGACCCGUCGAGGUGGCCCUUACCGUCUACGAGGACCUCCUCCACUACAAGUCAGGUGUGUACCAGCACGUGAGCGGCUCGGUGCUCGGCGGCCACGCCGUGCGCAUGCUGGGUUGGGGCGUGGAGAACGGCACCCCCUACUGGCUCAUCGCCAACUCCUGGAACACGGACUGGGGUAACAACGGCUUCUUCAAGAUCAAGAGAGGAAGCGACGAGUGCGGCAUCGAGGGGUCCGUGGUGGCUGGUCUGCCCAAGCUGUGAGCGUCCCCGCGCAAUCACACACGAUCGAUCCAAACUAUGAUUUAAAAUGUUUUUUUCAUUUGCGUCGUAAUGACGUCCAAAGGUUUUCGAACUUACAUCGCCUAAUUUAUGUUUCUUGUUUUUUUCUUGAAUACCAAAGUCCGAAACAAAAUACGACACUAUUUGUUUUUAUUGAUCUGUAAUUUGUUCUCUGUUUACAAGUAAAUUGUGAUAAUUUUCUACCAAUAA